AUGUCAUUUGUAUACUACAAAUUCAAGUCGCAGAAGGAGCCGUCCAAGGUCGUAUUUGACGGCACAUCCAUCUCUGUGUUUGAUCUGAAGCGUGAAAUUAUCACUUCUAACAAGCUGGACAAAUCUGCGGAUCAGUUUGAUCUAGCUAUUGUCAAUCCCGAUACGAAGGAUGAAUACAGAGACGACAACGAGCUGAUUGCCAGAUCUUCUUCCGUACUGGCACGACGACUGCCCUCUCGACCAGGCAAGGGCGAGGCCGCUAGGUACGUCAACGGAGCGCCUCCAGUCACACGCUACAGACGAGACGAUCAAGAAGUAGUGCAACCAACAUCAGCAACACCAGGAUCUACUGGCACUGGAGGAGCCGAAGAUGAUCUCAUCAAUGCUAUGUUUGCUGCUCAGGGAGAACAGUGGAAGGAAACACAGAAGCAAAUGGCCUACCAAACCCCUGUCUACAACCGACCCUCUUCUUCUGGAAAGCCUCUUUCUGCCAACUCCAACAACCCCCAGGCAGCAGCUGCUCAGGCCCAGUAUGGAGAUACUCCGCCGGAAGGAUACAUGUGCCAUAAGUGCGGUAAGAAGGACCAUUUCAUUUGGAACUGCCCCACCAACAACGAUCCCAACUGGGAGGGAAUGCGAAUGCGGCGAACCACCGGUAUUCCCAAGUCAUUUCUCAAGACUAUUGCUAAGCCCAACCUCAACGAGGACGAUCUUGAUGGUAAGUCUGCUGUCUUGAUCAAUGAGGAUGGCGAAUAUGUGGUGCAGGUAGCAGAUCAGAAGUCAUGGGAAAAGCAAAAGGCUCGUGCUCGACAUGCAGUUGAAGAUACCAAGGCUAAACGAAAGGCUGAUAUCGAUCCCGAACUGGUAUGCCCUCUAAGCAAGAAACUGUUUGACCACCCGGUCACAACUCCUUGCUGCAAGACCACGUACUCAGAAGAUGCCAUUCAACAGGCACUGUUGGAUGGUGACUUUGUUUGCCCCAAGUGUGGUGCUGAGGAAAUUCUGUUGGACCAGCUUCACCCCGACAAGGAAAUGGAGAAGAGAGUGAAAGAGCAUAUUAAGAAAGAGCAAAAGAAGGAAGAGCCCGAUGCAAAGCGAACCAAAACCGAGGAUGGUUCUGCUGUUUCCCAGGCUGGUUCCUCGGCUCCUCCCAAUGCACCAACAGGACCCGCAGGAAUGCCCCAGAUGCCUUUCAUCCCUCCACAGAUGAUGCCAUUCUUCAUGAAGCAGAUGGAGCAGAUGCGAAAGAUGGGUAUGCCUGUGCCACCAAUGCCCAAUAUGCCCAUGGGUGGUGCUUCUGGCGGCCAGACGUUUGUGGCUAACCCCAAUGGAGUCACCAAUGGCCAGUUCAUGGACAAGGGUGCGAGACGACAGCAGAUGAACCAGAAGAGAAGAUACGAUGACCGUCGAUGA